UGACGCUCAGUUGCUUUGAAGCGAUUCUUCAACGCAGACGAACGAACGGAGUUCCUAUAUUUAAAAAAAAAAAACACAAAAACAAAACAAAUUGAAACUAUAACCAGGGUGUGUGACAGGGACAGGGACAGGAAAGCAAAGCCAAGUAGAGGAGUGCAGAAGCAUAGCGAAUAACGAACAGAAAGCAGAGCGGGCAACAACACGUGAAAAACAGCAGCCGCCAAUUGGUUUUAAUUUCAAUACUGAAAGACGAUCACAACGAGAUGUCCACCACCGCCGCCAAAACCACAACAACCACAUCGAUCGAGGGCUACAAGCUCGGAAAGGUGAUCAUCGAGGGCAAAACGAAGCAGGUGUACGAUCUGCCCGAACAGCCAGGGCUUUGCCUGCUCCUCAGCAAGGAUCGUAUCACCGCCGGAGAUGGUGUCAAGGCUCACGAUCUGGCUGGCAAGGCCGAGAUCUCAAAUACUACCAACGGGCAGGUCUUUCGAUUGCUUAACGAGGCUGGAAUUCGCACCGCCUAUGUAAAACAGUGCGGCUCGAAGGCUUUCAUCGCUCGCAAGUGCCAGAUGAUACCCAUUGAGUGGGUGACACGGCGCCUGGCCACCGGAUCGUUCCUUAAGCGCAAUGACGGAGUGCCCGAGGGCUACAGAUUCUCACCGCCCAAGCAGGAGACUUUCUUCAAGGACGAUGCCAACCAUGAUCCCCAGUGGAGCGAGGAGCAGCUCGUCUCGGCCAAGUUCGAAUUGAAUGGCCUGCUGAUCGGUCAGGAUGAGGUGGAUAUAAUGCGCAGGACAACAUUAUUGGUCUUCGAGAUCCUUGAGAGGGCGUGGCAAACUAAGAACUGUGCCUUGAUCGACAUGAAAGUGGAGUUUGGUGUGUGUGAUGAUGGCAAUAUAGUGUUGGCCGAUAUUAUUGACUCCGAUUCGUGGCGCCUUUGGCCAGCCGGUGAUAAACGUUUGAUGGUCGACAAGCAGGUGUAUCGCAAUCUGGCAUCGGUGACGGCCAGUGACUUGGAUACAGUUAAGAGGAACUUCAUUUGGGUGGCCGAACAAUUGGCCGAUAUUGUGCCAAAGAAGGAUCAUCUGGUUGUCGUUCUGAUGGGCAGUGCUUCUGAUACUUCGCACAGCGAGAAAAUAGCCACCAGUUGUCGUUCCCUGGGCCUGAAUGUCGAGCUGCGAGUGAGUUCCGCCCACAAGGGACCCGAGGAGACGUUACGCAUUGUCCGGGAAUAUGAAUCGGUGAUGAAUAAUCUGAUCUUUGUGGCCGUUGCUGGGCGUUCCAAUGGUUUGGGUCCCGUCGUCUCUGGCAGUACAAACUAUCCGGUUAUCAAUUGCCCACCUGUUAAAUCGGACAACAUGCAGGUGGAUGUUUGGUCCAGCUUAAAUCUGCCAUCGGGCUUGGGCUGUGCCACUGUUCUAUACCCGGAGGCAGCUGCUCUGCAUGCGGCCACCAUUUUGGGCCUGGGCAACUUUAUGGUCUGGUCGAAAUUGCGUGUAAAGGCGCUGAACAACUUUAUUACCCUCAAGAAGGCAGACAAGGAGCUGCGUGGCGUGCGAAAUGCCUAAGAUUGAGAACUAGUGAAGGUCGGUCAUCUAUGGUGAGGAUCACCUAAGUGGUGUCCAAUCAUCUGCUGUAUAACAUUUCAAGAAGCCAUAUGGAGAAUAUCCGCCCUACCAUAGACCAUCCAGUCUUUUUUUCCAAUCACAUACUUUGUUAUUUUUUCUACUCCUUUUUUUUUUUUGCUUUGUAAAACAAAAACAAUUUAAUUUUUUGUAGUAUUAAGAAAAUAUGACUAAACUAGUUGUAAACCCGGUUUUGGACAGGGUACCUCGAAAUACCUAAAACAAUAAAACACUAAAUGUUACAAA